CGCUAGUGCAGCUCCCACGUGUGCUGCAUAUAAAUCGUAACGAUGUCGAGCAGAGAACCGAUGUGGUAUUGUCAUGAGUGCCGUGCGGAGAUGCGGCCUCUCAUGGUCCCAGAUCCCCACUGUGCGUCAUGCAAUGGGACAUUCGUAGAGCAGCUCGAGAACCCAGCAGACGACCCACGAGAGUUCCAACAUAUCCACGAUGGAUGGGAUGAUAAUGCGUUGCCUCCGAACAUGAAUGACUUCUUCACCAGCCUUUUUCUACGAGGUGGUGCGCCACGUUCUCCCACAGGAGCGUCGUUUGCACCGGGCGCACAGCGUUCCCGAUCAGAAGGGGCCACUGGCCGGCCUGAUAGACCUGGUGGCCUUGGCGAAGGCGGUGGCCUCUCAAUCCGGAUACAGGGAUCCCCGGAUGGUCGAAUGCGCAGUAUGUUCAUAGGUGGAUCCAGGCCUCGCGGUGGAGCCAAUGGUCCCCCACCAUUCACGACGUCGUUCAUGACACCGGACCCCGAGACGCGGCGAGAAGGUGACACGAUAGACGGGUCCUUGAUGAUGCAAUACCUCCUGGCGAUGCUUGCCAACCGUCCAGGUCGUGGAGGACUGAACGAUGCAUUUGGCGGCUUAAUGGGCAUGCCGGGGGGCGCCGAGAAUGGCCAAUUCGGAGACUAUGUGUUCAACCAAGAAGCGCUUGAUCAGAUUAUCUCCCAAAUCAUGGAGAAUUCGAAUGGUCAUGCACCAGUUCCUGCCACAGAGGAGGUCAUGAAUAACCUGCCUCGGACCAUUUUAGAGGAAGGCUCGGAUCUACUCGAGAAGGACUGUGCGGUAUGCAAAGAACAAUUCAAACUUGAGACAGAAGACCCCGACGAGCAAGUUGUGGUCACACUUCCAUGCAAGCAUCCGUUCCACGAGCCCUGCAUCAUGCCCUGGCUCAAGUCUAGUGGCACAUGCCCCGUCUGCAGAUAUCAACUUAUCCCACAACCCGAACACCAUGCUCCUGGCCCUGGUCCUCCGGGAGGCUCAGGCUCGGGCUCGGGCUCGGGCUCGGGCCGUUCCCCAAGCCCCGAGCACAACCGUCGCAGCCCGCCAUCACCCAAUGGUCGUGCUUUGCAGAGUGGCAGUGGAUUAUUCAGCGGUUUGUUCGGCUUUGCAACUGGUAGCAACGGCAGCAAUAGACAACAGCCCGGCAACAAUCGUUCGGGCACCCACUCCUCACAGGAACAAAGUGAUAUCAACAUUCCUGGUGGCUGGGGCGACCAGAUAGACUGAUUGUAUAUUCGAGAUAUCCACAUUCUCAACUUAUCUCAAGGUUGGCCCGUCGUCUUCUCCUCACCCUUGUUUGCUGUGUCUAGUCUCAUGUAACAUGGAAACUAUAGCUCAAUGUAUAUUCGCACUGUCU